UCUCUUUAAAGGAGAACCAAGCACACAUUUCUUUAAACUACGCAGGGCAAGAACCAAGGCUUAAUCCUUCCCCAAAGUUCCCCUCGCACUACAGCUUAACUUGGCCCCUUUCAGCUUCAGGGACUUUCUUCCUCUCCUGCAGCGAUGCCUGAGGGCCCAACUGUGAAGCGGUUCCAGCUUCGGUGCUCCUCAUUUGUGGGGCAGGCCGUGACCAAAGUAGGGGGAAGCACGAAGCAGAUGAACCCGGAUGAUCUCAAGGGGCUGGUGCUGCAGGACACUAAGGUCCAUGGGAAGAAUUUGUUCCUGGCUUUUGGUGGAGUUCAGGAAGCAGCGGCCAGAAGCGAGAGCUCCUCUACAGAACCUUCCGAACCCGGGUCAAGCAGCCAAGGGAUAGGCCUUGGCAGAGGCAGUGCCAUUCUCCAGAGUUGGGAAGGAGGCAAGGCCGACUCUGGGGGUCCGUGGGGCCCCCUGCAGGAGGAGCACGAAGCUGAUUUGCCAUCAUUUAUGGACGACGCUGCCGGACCCCCUUGGAAAUGGCUUCGCUUCCACUUUUGGCUCUAUGGGAGCGUCCGUGCCAAUGAGUUUGCAAGGGCCAACAAGGCUAAUAAAAGAGGGGACUGGAAAGAUCCAGUUCCCAGGCUUGUUCUGCAUUUUGAUGGAGGGGGCUUCCUUGUCUUUUAUAACUGCCGGAUCCAUAGCUGUUCUUCUCCUACCGCUGAGCCGGCUACUGACAUCCUGAGCUUGGAGUUUGAUCAGGAACACGCUUUGGGGGCCCUGUGCAAAGCUGUACCUGUGUGCCACACCCUCCUGGACCAAAGAUAUUUCUCAGGGCUUGGGAACAUCAUUAAGAACGAGGCCCUGUACCUAGCGAAGAUCAACCCGCUCUCCCUCGGAUCCCUCCUCCCCCUCCCGGAACUCAGAUCCCUGCUUGACCAUGCUGUUCGCUUCACCUCGGAGUGGUUCCUCAACAAGCAGCAGAGAGGGAGGCAACACUGGAAGAUCUACCAGAAAGAGACAUGUCCUGAAGGGCACCAGGUGAGGAAAGAAGCCUUUGGUCCCCCGGAUGGACUGAAAAGACUUACUUGGUGGUGUCCUCAGUGCCAGCCUCAAGUUGCUCAGGAAGAGGCCGAGGACCUUUCUACUCGCAGCAGCUGAAGGGUUAAGCCUCUCUGCCCCCCCCCCGGUUGGAUUGUGCUAGGAUGCUAAAAUUUGAAGAGAGGGCAGGGCAGGGUGGGUGGGCACAUGCCCACGAUUGCUACGGAGAUGCCACCUUAACCCCAACCAUUUCCACCCUGGUUUUAAUACUGACGAGUACUUACCAAGCGGCUAGUCCUCAUUGUAUUGUGGCAUUCAUGUCCCCAGUCCCCACUUGGGUGAUGGUGGGGUAUAGAGACCCGCAGUGCAGUGUCAACUAGUGGCGGGGUCUGCGAAUGUCGCUUCGAAGACGAGGAGGGCUUGCCAAGCAGGAGGCCAUUUCUGCCAUCGCUAUCCCUGGCGACGUCGCCGUUCUUGAGUCCUGCUCACCUUGUUGUGCCAAGCCCUUUCUGUCCUCCCCAUCCGCCCCACAAUUCUCAUUGCAUUAUUAGGCACAAAUGUUGCGUUCCUAAGGGUUUGUAUCGGUAGUAGUAUUCAAACGGGCACAAGAACUUGGGUUCUGCUCUGAAUAAGGAUUAAAACUGGCUUUGCAAAAUUUUAGAGUUGGAUUUCAGCUUUCCGGUUUUUUCAACCAGUGCUGAAAAAAGCAGGCAGGCUCUUCCUGAGAAGAGAAAAGGCUGCAAACCCUUGGGCCACGUUAAGUGUGAGCCAGACCAAAGUGGUUAAAUGAAAGAUGUUGGGUUCAAAAAAAAUGAACACAGCUGUUGAACUCUGAGUUUCUCAGUCUUAAAUACAGAUUUUUUAGUUAGUGUAGCAGCCAAGGCUACAAUAGACAGCAGAUGUUUAGCAUUCUGCCGCUUUGGAGAAUGAGAGUCCCAUAUAGAUGUUGAGAAGUUCCUGGUUUCUGUAUUAAAGUUUUAUUUGUUCCUCAAAGGAAAUGUUUCUCGUGCGUGUUUCU